AUGAAUGCUGCUGCUGUUGCGAGGCAGCCCGUGGGCUGUCUCAAGGCGGCGCUGAGGAGGACGAGAUUCCAGAGGUCGUGGCAGCGGUGCAUGGCGACAGAGGCUGCGCCGACAACGACGACGAGCAGCCCCUCCAUGGCCCGGAAUGCCUUCAGUCAGAGACAGCACAUGGAGCAGAAAAAGGUGGCCAAGUUCCAGAUCUGGCCCCAGGUGCCCUCCCCGCGAACCACGAACCCGGACCCGAUGCCCGCCCUCCGGCAGCAGGAAAUCGCCCGCCUCGACCCGACGGGCGCCCGCACGCGCCUCUUCUCGCGCGAGCACGCCGACAGCGCAAAGGUCGGCGACGUGCUCAUGGUGACGAGCAAGAACGGCGAGCCCUUCUCCGGCGUCUUCAUCCAGCUGCGGCGGCGCGGCGUCGACACGGCCAUCCUGCUGCGCGGCCAGAUGAUGAAGGUCGGCGUCGAGAUGUGGUUCAAGAUCUACAGCCCGACCGUCACGGGCAUCGACAUCAUCUGGCGCCGGCCCAAGAGGGCCAGGAGGGCCAGGUUGACGUACAUGCGGCAGCCCAAGCAUGACAUGGGGAGCGUGGAUAACCUGGUGUCUGCUUGGAAGAAGGAGAGGUAUGCGCUGCGCUCCAAGGCGAAGCAGGCGGGUGGGAAGAGGAUUACGAGGUAG